CCUAGCAUACGAAGCUGACGUGCGAAUCGGAUUUCAAAGUUAAGAAACUGAUCCUGAAAAAGUUUAUCAAUUAUAGAUUAUGAGUACAGGCAGGCGCAGAAGUUAGAAUAACAGAUAAUAUUAACAGUUAGCUGAAGGACGUGUUGAACCGUUUUCUCCUGGUUAAUUUCGUUCGCAGCUAAUUGAGCUCAACCUUUAGCCUGGCGAGAGUAGCCGGGAUCCAGUAGCUACAGGAGCAAACGCAGGACAACUUAAAAAAAAAAAAAAAAAAACAGGGUAAAGGGUGUAUGUCACGAGGCAGAUAACAUGGAUGCCUUCAGCACCAAGCACCUGGUCAUGCAAGCUCAGAAGAAGCUGCUGAGCAAGCUGGCAUCCAAAACUAUGGCCAAUGCCUUCAUUGACGACACCAGCAGCGAGGUUCUGGAUGAAUUGUACCGAGUUAGUAAGGAGUACACCAGGAAUAAGAAGGAGGCCCAGAAGGUCAUCAAAAACCUAAUCAAGAUUGUCCUCAAAUUAGGGGUGCUGCUCCGAAACAAUCAGUUUAGUGCUGAUGAGCUCAUGAUUGUGGAUAGGUUCCGCAGGAGAAUCCACACACUAGCCAUGACAGCUGUCAGCUUCUAUCAGAUAGACUUUACAUUUGAUAGAAGGGUCAUGGCCACCAUUUUAAAUGACUGCAGAGACUUGCUUCAUCAGGCUGUCAAUCGCCACCUGACAGCUAAAUCACAUUCCAGAAUCAAUCAUGUGUUCAACCAUUUUGCAGACUAUGACUUCCUCACUGCCUUGUAUAGUUCAUCAGAGCCAUAUCAUUCCCAUUUGCAAAAGAUCUGUGAAGGAGUAAAUAAAAUGAUGGAUGAUGGGAAUAUCUGAUUUCAUCAGCAUUCUCUGGUUAGGCUUCACUUUGUGAGUCUCUUAAUGUCUAACAAAUUUGUCCUUUCGGACCAUGAUGUUGAACCAUGCAGUAGUAUGAGAGGUGAAAAGUAUCUUGAAAAAGUGCACUUAGCUUUUUCUGUUGUGUUAAAGAUGCAAUGUAUUGAUAGCCUGUAAUUGUGUAGGCUAACAAAAACUGAAGAAUGCCACUACUUGUCUUGGGUUUUAGAAAACACAAUUGCUUUUCUUGUAAGUACCACUUUAAUUCCAUCUGAGCUAUGGGUCACUAAAUUUGAUGAAUUUCUACAUACCAUUAGGGAGUGAAGGUUCUGCAUGUCAUAAACUGAACCCUGUAACAUCCUGCCAUUGUCCUCUAUAAACUGACUUUUAACUGUAGGAUUCUAGUGUUUGGUACACCGUUCUAGGAAGAUAUCUGUACUUAUAUGCAGGAUAUCUGUUUUAUUGAAUAGUUGCGUCUGGGAAUGGAUUGUUGAUAGACAAGAGAGAUGUACCCAGCCAUCAACCUUGCAGUCCCUGGCAUUUUUCUUGUCUUCUACUGUGAAUCUUCUUGUACCUGUGUGGAAAGAAAUAGGAUUCCAGCUUUGUGAGUGAUAAUUGUGAUUUGUCUGCCUUCCAAACUUCCAUGGAAUGGUCAAUGUGAGGAGUGCUUUAAAGUUAAACAGAUUAUAUUCCUCAUCUGCUGUGUGCAAACUUUAAGCUUCUGCAACAUACGUGAGUUCAUCACUUAAAUCUGAGAAUUUUGCAGAGCAACCUUCAACUUGUCUGCCUUUAUCAUGAGCUGCAGAAUUAGUGUACAUCUCCAAGCAAGUGACAUUACUCCAUUUUUUAUACCUGGAAGGCUGCAGCGCCCAUAGUGUUUCUUUUUGUCCCACACUAUGCUUAAACUACUUGCAGUACCUGUGUAAAUAUUUCACAAAACUAGAGAGUAGCUACAUGUAAUGUCCAACAUCCAGCAUACCUCUCUAGGUACAAUUUGUAAAGUAACUGCCUUUAGUCUAGCUGUGUGAUGUUCCUGAACUGACUUUUACACUUGGGGUGAUUUAAAAACCUGAAACCAUGUUUAAAUGAGACAUGGGUAAAAAGUGUUUUUUAUGUUUUAAGUGAUUAUCUGAAGCACUGUUGGCUACAGCUUUUCACCUGUGUUGUCUAUUUUGCCUGUAAUAAGAUGAGGUAGUUCAGGAUGAUGGUGGAGUACAUGCAUCCAACUACAGCUCUUCCUUUAUAGACUGAGACACUGCAGCUGUAACUUUUUUGUUUAAAAGACGUAAUAACUGUAAUAGAAGAAACAUUUGUUUGAGAAUGGAUUUUUAUAUUCAUUUUACCUUUUUUAUUUAUUUGUGUAAAUAGUAUAUGCUUCCAGAUGUUCUUUCUUAAUCAUAUGCAGCUGUAAAAAGUUGCAGAGAAACAUUUUUGACUGUCCUUAAAAUAAAAUUUUUCUAACUAAAAUAAAGA